AUGUCCGGGAGCAGUCCAGGGGCCAAUCUAACGGUCUAUCCGAAACGAAUUCCCUUCUGGCACCUACUCACCGACCAUGGUGCAAUCACUCAAGAUGUGCUAGACUACGAGUAUACAGGCUCCGGAACGGAAGAAGAUCCCUUUGCGGUAGCAUGGAUACCCAACGACAGCCGAAAUCCACAACUCUUCAGCGGCGCCCGCAAAAUCUCAAUUACUCUCACCGUGGCCUUUGUUGGCUUGAUCGUUUCCCUGGCAUCAUCUGCGUACAGUGGCAGCAUCCACGAGAUCGUCGCUGAUUUCCAGGUGAGCACGCCCGUGGCGACGCUCGGUUUGUCCUUGUAUGUGUUAGGCUUUGCGAUCGGUCCGUUGUUCUGGGCGCCUGUGUGUGAAGUCUAUGGUCGGCAGGUGUCUUUCUUUAUUAGCCUACUGUUCCUAGCCACUUUUCUGGCUGGUUGUGCUGGAGCACAGAACAUUUGGACUUUGUGUAUUCUGCGUUUCUUCGCGGGAUCCAUUGGUUCUGCACCUUUGACGAAUGGUGGCGGGACCAUCUCGGAUAUUUUCUCGGCGAAGAAACGAGGUCUUGGAUUGAGUCUUUACGCUGCGGCGCCCUUUUUAGGUCCUUCUUUGGGCCCUAUAAUUGGAGGCUUUCUUGGGAUGAAAGCUGGUUGGCGGUGGGUGGAGGGAUUUCUCGCUGCGACUGCUGGAUUCGCCUGGAUGUUAUCGACCCUGUUGACUCCGGAGACAUAUGCACCAGUGCUCUUGCGAAAGCGGGCGGAUCGACUCUCGCGUAUUACGGGGAAGGUUUACCGCAGUAAAAUCGAGCUGGAGAAGGGUCCAGUAACGACUGCCGAGUUGUUGAGAAAGACUCUAUCCAGACCCUGGGUUCUGCUAUUCAAAGAGCCUAUUGUCUUACUUUCGGCAGUCUACGUCGCACUAGUGUACGGUACCCUCUACAUGUUCUUCGCGGCAUUCCCGAUUGUAUUUGAAGAAGUGCGUGGCUGGAAUCCCGGGGUGGGAGGCCUCUCCUUCGUGGGUAUCAUGGUUGGUAUGAUUAUCGGGAUUAUUUGCACCAUCCCCGCGAAUCUGCACUAUACCAAAGUACAAAGUCAAGGUGGGGGAUAUGCGCCACCGGAAACCCGGUUGAUCAUGUGUAUGCCGGGGGCUCUGGCAAUUCCCAUUAGCCAGUUCUGGUUUGCAUGGACAAACUAUACCUCGAUCCACUGGAGUGUAUGCAUCAUCGCCACGGCACCGUUCGGUACGGGUGUUAUCUUGGUCUAUAUGGGGUGCAUGAACUAUCUGAUCGAUUCGUAUACCAUCUAUGCGGCCUCCGUGCUAGCCGCGAAUGCAGUGCUUCGGUCGAUCUUCGGGGCGGUCUUACCUAUCGUGUCAACCUGGAUGUACGAUGGUGUCGGAAUCCACUGGGCGCCGUCAAUCCCUGCAUUUAUCUCGCUCCUCUUCUUGCCAUUCCCGUUCUUCUUCUACAAGUAUGGAGCUAUCGUGCGGGCAAAGUGCAAAUAUGCGGCAGAGUCUGAUCGAUAUAUGAAGAAAUUGGUAGAGAAUACCGUCCAGGAAAAGAAGCAGGGGGUAUCAACAGCGGAGCCCGAGGCAUCGGCUGGGAUUCUUGCCAUGGAGAUGGAGCGCGUGGCCACUGUGCAGUCGAUCUAG